AUGUUACGCAUAUCCGGCCGGCCGUUCGCUUGCCGGACAUGUAGCAAGCUGUCACAACUGCCGUCCUUGCGGCCCAGAGUUGUGAACUCGCCAUGUCUGGCGACACACUCAGGAAAAUGGUUUGCAACGCAACCCAAUGAAGCAAAGGGGCAGAGGUUUGGAAAAGACAGCAUUCCAUCCUCUCUAUCUCCCAGCCCAGAACGGAUAGCUGAGUUACCCGUCAGGGAAAGGCUACAGUACUGGGCGCAAGAGAACGAUAGUAAAAAGGCCCCAAAGAUGCUUUCGGACGCCAAUCUUUAUGGAGCCAUGUCGAAUCACAUGAGCCGCACGCAAACUUCAAAAGCCACUAGCCUGAGUAACCUGAGAGCUGGGCCAGCUGGGUCCCAGACUGGCUCGGCCAUGGAAUUCAACCUUGGACGUGAUGAGCACUCGAUUGUGGGAACAGAUACAUCUAAACCGGGAGACAUGGUUGAACUACGAAACUCCGGCUCGCGCAUGCCGCUGCUGGCGAUCUAUCUCGGCUACUAUGGGGACAGAAACCAUUUCUACGCUUCCAAUGGUGCCUGGAACAUGUCUAGGGGCUUCUCGUCCCUCUUUACAGUGUCUAAUUUCGUCAAGGCUGAGGAGCUGGAACCGAUUCUAUCGAAGCUAGCUGCAGAUGCAACUGUGGAAGACUUUGAAAAGAUGAAGGAGGAGGAAAGCGGACCAUCGCGAGAAGAUGCAAAGAUCUUGAUUGAUAAGAUGGACGCUUUUCGGGCUGAGGCUGAGGCUGUCUACCAGCGAAAUUUGCCGAAUCUUGAUGCUGCGCACAAACUGCUCUCUUCUACGAAUCGCGUUCGGUAUAUGAGCCUGUUCCAAAUGGCCAACACGCUGCUGCCCGAAUCUAUGCAGGUAGAUGGCGAGGUCCCGCCCGCCGCGCUGUAUGCCGUCCACACGGCUCUGACCCGCAAUGAGUUUGGCUUCCAGCCCAUCAGCUCCUCUCGUGCGCUUCACAGGCGAGACCAGUUAUACGAGAUCUUUCCACUCGAUCAGACUAGCAUUGUCGAGAAGGUAAACCUGCUGAUACGGCAAUACACUGUUGCCACAUCCAAGAGCACGCUCACCGGCAGCAAUCCUGAACUGUACAAGACAGCGUUGGGAAAGUUUAUCGAGCAGGCUCGCACUGCUGUAGAAAACAGCCGCAAGAUUCGCGAAAUCACCCCAUACGGAAUUCUGAAGCCUUCUAGUGGCGGUACCAUCCCGAAAACAGAUUGGCUACCUGUCAGCAAAGAUGUCAUUCUAUUUCUUGAGCUGUGGGCUAGCUAUGGACUUUUCGAAUCCAGUGCGCGGCUGCACUCGAACGGUGCCAUGAUCUUGAGGGCACUCGGGGUGUACGACAACAUGCCACUCAACCAGACUGCGGCAUGGACAUUUCUGCAAGAGAUUGGACAUAUUAUGCCUUGGGAAAUCCCGUCUCGCUACAAAGUGCGCUCCCCUGGCACCGAAAUUGUACCGGGCUCGGGCUUGAAGCGCGAUGAGCCGAGCAUUGAGGCGUCUAGAAGGACCGACAUUGCAGCCGACGCCCGUCAGGAUGUGACUGCUCCCGUGUUCUGCAUUGAUGCCACGAGUACAAGAGUCAUUGACGACGGCAUCUCAGUGGAAAGGACCGAGAACGAAAAGGAGUUUUGGAUUCAUGUACAUGCAGCUGAUCCGGCGUCUGGAAUAAAGCCAAACUCGGAACUAUGCAAGUUUAUGGAGCUUAUCCCAGACAACAUCUACCUUGCCGGUCACUUUCAGGCUAUGCUGCCGGCCGAGCUUGGGGGCGCAGUUGGUGAGCACGCGUCGAAAAGCCUCGUGAAGGAGUACUCCUUGCAGCAAGACUGUCCUGCACUCACUUUCAGCGCCAAGGUGAAUCGUCGUGGCGAUGUUCUUGAUUACAAGGUUCAGCCAAGCACGCUUCGCAAUGUUAUCUACAUGGAGCCAGACGAUGUAUCGCGAUUCUGCCUGGAGCGACAACCAAAGCUUGCCCACGGUACAGAGCUCGCAGUGGGACAAAAGCCAUCAAGCUCCGACUAUGAACCGGAGCGCAAGAUGAUACUUGCUCGGAAUCUAGACCAGGCGCAACAGGACGACGUGCUGCUGCUUUACGAGCUUACAAAGGCAAUCAAGGAAAAGCGACUUGAAAAGGGAGCAUGGCCGUACUUUUUCCCACGGCCCGCCGUCACGGUGCAGUUUGACAAGACUCCGCCGACUGCCAACGCUGAUGAAAUCGCCGUUCCAGCCGACCCUUAUAUCCAUGUCGGUUUAGAGUCGAGCAACGGAUCGGCGCUGGUGAGCAAUUCAAUGGUACUGGCUGGCGAAAUCGCCGCCCGCUGGUGCGCGGACCGACAAAUUACUGUGCCCUACCGGAGAGACGCCAAUAUGGGCGUGCAGCAGGAGGAGGCGUUGGCAUAUGCGCAGGGUGAGAUGUAUCCGCUCAUCCAAAAGGGUGUCGAGCCGACCAUGUCGCAGCGGGUCGAGCUGGGGCGGCUCACCGGUGGCAUCGAGCUCGCGCCACAGCCGGGGCCAUACUUCUUGCUAGGCCUCGACAUGUACGCCAAGGCGACGUCGCCGCUGCGGCGGUUCGGCGACCUGGUGGUGCACUGGCAGGUUCACGCGGCGCUGGCGCACGAGCGGGCGACGGGCCGGAGGCUGAACCCGGCGCGGGACAAUCUCGACGAGGUGCUGGCGUUUUCGCGGCAGCAGCUGGCGGACACGCUGCCGCUGCUGCAACUGCGCGAGAAGCUGGGCCGGGCGGUGAGCCGGGGGACGUCGGACUGGAUGGUGAUGGCGGUGGCGCGGGCGUGGCGGUACGACAAGACGCUGCCGCCGCGCAUCGUCUUCACGGUGGACAUGCCGCUGCGCGAGGGCCUGCUGGGCCACCUGGACCUGUUUGGCCUCGACGCCAUCAUGGACGUGGACGGGCUGGACAAGCACAUGCUGAUCAACGAUGUCAAGGUGGCCGACCGGUUCGAGGUGGCGAUCGCAGACGUGAAUGUGCACGCGGGCCAGAUUCUCGUCAAGGCCCUACGGCGUCUCGGGCCAACGGCUAACCGAGGCGACGACGACGGUUCACACCCAACGCAGUAG